AUGUCCUCACUCUCCGACGAUGAAGCUUUGAAUGGUGUCGCACCGUUGAGCAAGGAUACUGCAGAUAUGAUUCAUGUAAAAGGAACUCGACUCGGGAAAGAUUCUCGUCAGAAUGCAGGAGACGUAGACACAGUCGAUGUGUUUUUACAAACGGAUUUCAGUCUCUCAUCAUCUGCAGACAGUCCAAAAGAGCCUGUGGAUUAUGCAAAAGUGUCAAAGUAUCUUCGCGAAAAAGUCCCUCGCCCUGGUACUCUACCUCUUCAGUUCGCGCGCAAGAUCACAGAGCAUGCUCUCUCGCUUUCGCAGUCAAUCUUUGAAGCUCGCACGACUCUGCGACUUGGGCCUAGACCACAAGCUCAAUUUACGAGUAAAAGGACGUACAAUGAAACAAUUCCACCCAGACGAUCACUGAGCUUGCAAAGGAGAAACGAUAAUUCAGGUGUAUUGAAUGGGAGUGACUUAGCGUCGACCAGGAUUCCAGAGGCAUCGUUGAAAAGCACAACAGAAGGACUCAAAUUUACAAACCCAUUAGGAUCGCCUAUCACUGAAUAUCCAAAGGAGCAGCAGAUUACGAUGGACGUGCAUCUGUAUGCUCAGAUACCAUGCCAGGAAUUACUUGAUCAACCACCUGCGAGGUUUGCAUCUCUGAAGGACAAGGACUUGGAAGCACUGGAGGCGGAUCUCCACGAGCUAACCACGCAACUUCCAAAUGCUUUAGCAACUGCUGGGAAAAUCGCGUCCUGCUCAUCAGUGGAAGCUCUAGCUUCUCAUUUAGCUGACGAGGGUUUCCGGAUCGGCGAUGAAUACAAUGCGGGCCCACUUCUCCACGCCGUGUCAAUUCGACUUCGGAGGCCAAAUGCUGCAAUUGAUACAAAAUCCGCCGCGAUUGUUGUCAAACGGUUCCGAGAAGAUCAUGGGCAACCAGACUAUAAAAGGAUUGCGGAGCUGAAUCGCAGAGGUCUUCACCGUGCAAUAAUUGCUCUCGGAAGCAACCUUGGAGAUCGCGUGGGUAUGAUCGAGAAGGCCUGCGAGGAAAUGCGACGUCGAGGCAUCAAGGUUGUGCGUACCAGUGGACUAUGGGAGACGGAAGCAAUGUACGUCUUGGACCAAGCACGAUUUGUCAACGGAGCCUGUGAGAUUGAAACCAGCCUGAAGCCCUUGGACCUUCUUGAUUUGCUGCAGAGCAUAGAAAACGACCUCGGUAGAAUAAAAACUGAUUAUCCCCCACAAGCUAAUGCUCGACCGACAAUUCGUGCUCCAGCCUCUAUGCGAGCACGUCCCCCAAUCUUCCACAAGUACUACACUCUGCUAAUACAUCCCAACAGACUGAUUCCGUACGAAGCGCAACCGCCCCCAGCGCCACCAACCUCAUUUCAGCACCAUCUCAGAGCUCUACAGGUUGGCGCCGAGGGUCUUUCAACCAUCACACCUCUCAGUCUAGCUCUCGACCCCAUUACUGCACUCACGCCAACCCGAAAAACACACAUCAUGGCCGUCCUCAACCUCACCCCUGAUUCCUUUUCUGACGGGGGCCUUCAUAACCCUGCCAACACCGAAGCACUUGCCUCCACAAUCAAGCAAUUCAUCGCCGAUGGCGCCACCAUUCUUGACCUCGGCGGCCAAUCAACGCGGCCAGGCGCCGAAGACGUCGGCGAAGCGGAAGAGCUAUCUCGCGUCCUCCCAGCUAUUCGACUGAUCCGAUCACUCGCAGAAGGCCAAAAAAUCUGCAUCAGCGUCGAUACCUACCGCGCGCGCGUUGCCGAGGAAGCCGUCAAGGCAGGCGCCGACCUGAUCAACGACGUCUCUGCCGGCCUUCUUGACCCUGCCAUGCUUUCCACUGUCGCCUCUGCCGGCGCUACCAUCUGCUUGAUGCACAUGCGCGGAACCCCGGCCACAAUGACGUCCCUCACCGACUACCCCGCGGGCUUGAUCCCAACCAUUGCCGACGAACUUACAGCCCGCGUCGCUGCCGCCGAAGCAGCAGGCAUACCCCGCUGGCGCAUCAUUCUUGAUCCAGGCAUCGGCUUUGCCAAGAACAAGCCCCGGAAUCUAGAAAUCCUCCGUCGCCUAGCCGAACUCCGUGCCCACGAACCCCUCCAUGGUCUACCGUGGCUCAUAGGCACCAGUCGCAAAGGCUUCAUUGGCCAAAUCACUGGCGUCAACGAGCCCCGCGAGCGCACGUGGGGUACCGCCGCCGCCGUCACGGCUGCUGUCCAGGGAGGCGCAGAUAUCAUUCGUGUGCAUGAUGUCUCGGAAAUGACAAAAGUCGUUCGCAUGGCAGAUGCGAUGUUCCGUGUGCCGUCUUGA